AUGUAGGCCUAGUGAUAAUGUUCACGUUACUUUGAUUUGUGCCUUAGCAUUGUCUCGUCUUCCUCAUCUAUAUUUUCGAAUAUUAGUGGCCAGCUUGAUGCAAUAAACGUGUCGUACUGAGGAAGUUAUGGGAACAACAAGAUGCUUCCUUCAAAGGAAUGAUGUUAAACUCGAGAGCACCAGAACUCCACCAGCUGGAUACCUUGGAAAUAAUGUCCUAUCUUCCCAACUUACAAGGACUGAAAGCAGUUGAACUUGGAGCAGGAAUCGGACGUUUUACAGGGCAUCUUGCGCAGAGAGCUAAACACGUACUGGCAGUAGACUUUGUGGCCAAGUUCAUAGAGAAAAACAGAGAAGUAAACGGUGUCUACAGAAAUAUAGACUACGUUGUCGAUGAUGUUAUGAACAUCAAUCUGGAGCCAAACAGCGUUGGGUUCGUCUUCACCAAUUGGCUCUUUAUGUACCUUGACGACGAGGCAUCAACACGACUACUCCACGGCAUGCUGACAUGGUUACCUUCCGAUGGAUAUGUCUUCGUUAGAGAAUCAUGCCUAUACGGUUCAGGUGAUUUAUCAUUUAAUGAAGACACUACGUUUUACCGGGAGGCGCAACAGUUUGAAGCAUUGUUCCGCUCUGUCAAUAUUUCAGGCGACGACAGAACAUCUGUUUACCAUCUCCGUAUAGUAAUGUCGAAAUCUUUGGACUCUUACUGCAAGGUGAUGAAGAAUGAAAACCAGAUAUUAUGGCUUCUUCAAAAAGUAAAAAGGGAGACCACUCCGAGACUUCAAUAACUUAACACAAGCUGUCCAAUGAUACAACCAGAUACUAGACAUGAGAAACGUCGAAAUAUGUUUUGUUGUAUUCGUGAAAUCAUAAUCUGGUAACCCGAUUCUCGUACAUAAAAUAUUUAUUCAUGCUUGAAUAAACCUGUACACAAAAUCUGGAAAUCAAUAGACGCCUCUAUUAUUGUUAUACAGUGUACAAUCAUAUUCAACGGAUGUCAAUCAAAAAAAUGUAUAUUCAUUAUAUAAUUAGAUAUAUUGAUUUUAGCUUGCCUUUUUAUUUCGAAAUUGGACUGGAGUCCCAUUCUGAUAUUAGUUUGCUUAAAUCUAACCUCUGCUGCAGUAAGGGGUUUACAUUUUGUGUUUUCCUCUAGGUAAUUAUUAUAUAUAAAGGGAAAUAACCACUACCGACGUAAAGGAAUAUCUUAAAUCAAACGUUGAUGUGCCCUUUUACUUCUACAGAUUGUCCGAAAUCGGACCUAAAAAUUGAUACUAAGAAAUGAAAACAAGACACAUCACCAACCCCCAGGAUGAAUACCCUCUGGCAGUGCGAGGACGAUUGUUAUUAUAUGAAUUUAUAAAGCAUGAUUUCAGGUCGUGUUCACAUUCAAAACUAUCUUGCAUUGUUACUGAAUUUAGAACAGUACAUGUACGCAAAAUGAUUCUCAUCUUUACCUAUUCGUAAUAAAUAUC